ACCAAACUAAAAAUUUUCGUCUUCGGAAGCAAACACACAUCUCUCUCUGGACUCCCUCUGGCACUCGAAGCUUCUCCAAUCUCAAAUCCAUGGAGGCUGCUCUUCCAUCAAACCCUAACCCUCCUCCUCCAAUCGAAUCCCUAGAUCCUCAUCCCCCUCCUUCCGAAACCCUACCCUCCUACGAUUUCAAUCCCCCUCCUCCUGCGGAAACCCUAGCCUCUGAUUCGAAUGGCCCGCCUCAACCGCCGCACACUGAAACCCUAGCUUCCGAUGCUCAAAACCCCUUCCCAAAUCCCCAGAUCGCUACUGAGAACGGUACUUCGACCGACGCCUGCAAGAAGCUUGCUAUUACGAAGCCGCUGUUGUCGGAAAACGGCUUGACCAACACCAAUAGCGGCAACGAAAGGGAUGGCUCGGGCGGGGAGGAGGAGACGACCAGCAGGCGCCGCCGCCGCAGCCGGUGGGAUCCUCAGCCCGAGUCGGAGAGUCAGAGUGGUGGUGGCGAGACGGGCAGUGGGACGAGGAAGAGGAAGUCGCGGUGGGCGGAUGAGGAGCCGAAGGCGAUUCAGCUGCCGGAUUUCAUGGGAGGUAUUGAGUUCGAUCCAGAAAUUCAAGCUUUGAAUAGUAGGUUGCUUGAGAUUAGUCGAAUGCUGUCUUCGGGUUUGCCCUUAGAUGAUCGUCCCGAAGGGGCUAGGUCUCCUUCGCCGGAACCUAUAUAUGAUAACAUGGGAAUUAGGAUUAAUACGAGAGAGUUCCGUGCCCGUGAAAGGUUGAACAAAGAGAGGCAGGAAAUUAUUGCUCAGAUUAUUAAGAGGAACCCGGCAUUUAAGCCCCCGGCUGAUUACAGGCCACCCAAGCUUCAUAAGAAGCUUUACAUACCGAUGAAGGAAUAUCCCGGAUACAAUUUUAUUGGACUUAUCAUUGGGCCGAGGGGUAAUACGCAGAAGAGGAUGGAGAAAGAAACUGGUGCAAAAAUUGUCAUUAGGGGUAAAGGUUCGGUGAAAGAGGGCAGGUCGCAACAGAAGAGGGAUUUGAAACCCGACCCUUCAGAGAACGAGGACUUGCAUGUUUUGGUUGAGGCAGAUACACAAGACGCUCUUGAUGCUGCGGCUGGGAUGGUGGAGAAACUCUUGCAGCCUGUUGAUGAGGUGUUGAAUGAGCAUAAGAGGCAGCAACUUAGGGAACUUGCGGCUUUGAAUGGGACAAUAAGGGAUGAGGAGUAUUGUAGGUUGUGUGGUGAGCCGGGGCACCGUCAGUAUGCUUGUCCAUCACGUACUUCGACCUUCAAGAGCGAUGUUCUUUGUAAGAUAUGUGGUGAUGGUGGGCAUCCAACCAUUGAUUGCCCAGUGAAGGGUACAACUGGGAAGAAAAUGGAUGAUGAGUAUCAGAACUUCUUGGCUGAGUUGGGGGGGACAGUUCCUGAAUCCGCAACUAAGCAGACCGCUACAUUGGCACUUGGCCCAGGCAACAGUACAUCAAGCAAUCCUCCUUGGGCUAACAGUACUAGCAGCACUAGCAGUGCAUCAUCACAUCCAGGCUUGGGAUCAAUUGGAGUCAAACCGGUCAAGGACUAUGAUGAGACAAACUUGUACAUUGGAUACUUGCCGCCUACCCUUGAUGACGAUGGUUUAAUCCGAUUGUUUUCAGCGUUUGGUGAUAUUGUGAUGGCCAAAGUUAUCAGGGACCGGGUUACCGGAGCGAGUAAGGGUUAUGGUUUUGUGAAGUAUGGAGAUGUUCAGAUGGCUAAUAAUGCAAUUGCAAGCAUGAAUGGUUAUCGCCUAGAGCAGCGAACCAUUGCUGUCAGAGUUGCUGGCAAGCCUCCGCAGCCGGCUGGACCCCCAGCAUCGGCAAUGCCCACAUACCCCGUUCCCCAGCCUGUUGCUUCCUAUCCAUCCCAGCAGUUUACCCCCAGUGGUCCUCUUGGGAAUGCACCACCUACUAGCUAUGCGGGUGCUCCUGUUCCUUGGGGACCCCCUGUUCCUCCUCCUUAUGCUCCUUAUGCUCCGCCGCCUCCACCUCCCCCGGGUUCAACCAUGUAUCCUCCUCCCAUGCCGGGUCAACAUAUGUCUCCUUAUGGUGCACGAUACCCUCCUCCCCCUGGUGCACCACCUCAACCGAUGACUUCAAAUGAAGCACAACAGAGUUAUCCCCCUCCAGGAGUUCAAUCUGAACACAAUGUCUCUACCCAAUCUCUACAAACUAAUUUGUAUGGUGGCUCCUCAGCACCAAUGCCACCAAACGGCCAACACACUUAUCCUGCUGCUUCAUAUGGUUACUCAUCUUACUACAAUGCAGUUCCACCGCCUCCACCUCCCCCCGGCCCUGUACCUGGAUCAACUGCAGAUCAAUCUCAGAACAUUGGUAACGUUCCAUGGGCCACGAGUGCUCCGGUUCCCCCUCCUGCUUCUUCUGCGGAAAAGACAACUUAUGGUGCAGAUGCAGAGUAUGAGAAGUUCAUGGCAGAAAUGAAAUGAUAAUCCGAGCUGAUAGGACUGAUGUUUCUUGGAGCUCUUGUGAACUGAUUUCUUACCUCUUGCCAUGACUUUGUUGAAGUUUGGGACUCACAUCUUUAACCUUGCUGUAAUGUUAUGACCUUUGCAGAGACGUGGGCUGGAACUUCUGUUGAUCGUUUCAUGUUGGAGAAGUCAUCUUAACCAGUAUUAUUCAUUUUAUUUUGGGUGCUUAUGUUGGACGUAAUUUUGUUAUUUUUCUUGUUAUUUAUCUCUCCUACAAAUUCUAUUUACUAAUUUCUCCUUUUUCAAAUUUCUUCUGAACGUACACUAAUUGGUACUAAUGUUUUGUGAUGUUAUAUUGGGUUGCAUAACUAGUUUUGUUGAUUGGCCUAACUGUUUUGCCUUUCUAGUUUUUAUUGUAAACAAGUUUUAACCUUAAGGACCCUAAGCUUUUCCGCCUGCCAUGGUUCUGACGCUGCUUCAGUGAUGCGUUAUCAUUCCAUUUUAAAAAGGUAAUCAUGCCUUGCAACUCGAGGCAUUCUUGGUAGGUGGAAGAUAAUGUUGUCAUGUUUUUGCUUAUCUGCGUUUCUGUAUAAUACAGUGGGAUAUUGAUGUCCUUUUCUAGUUUUCCAUUGGCAGGUAAAAGAAAUCAUUCAUGUAUUGGUUAUCUCUUGUUUUUUUGAAUAUCCAGAGUUUUGGUGGUGUAUUUGGCUACUUCCAUAAGUUUUACACUUGUAUUGGCAUCUUAGUAAAACUAACCCCUGGUCAUAACCUAAAUUAUGAAGUCUUAAGUGUUGCAAUGAUUUGUUGAGGUAGAAAGUGGUCCAUUUGGGCGAGUACGAAUAUGGUACAAAUUGUUGCAAGUAGAAGAGAGUUUCAGGAAAAAAUGAAAUUGUGUUGGUUUUGGGAUGAAUGUUGGCGGAUAGAAUAGUUGAUGGUAGUAGCUGUUUGUAAAAACAAUCUUAUUGAACUAUCUCGAUGAGCAUUUGGGCGUAAGUUGGAUUGUAUAUUUUGUAUUAAGUUUGAAUACAAGGGUGCACUGGGGCUGGAGGGAGUUGUUGACCAUUGCCUAACGUUAUAACCCGUGAACAUGAUUGGCUAUUUGCAGGCGUUGGAUGAGAAAAUAACUCUAUUUCGAUAGUUGGUUUAGAUUCUUAAUUAUUUCUUUCACUCAGCAGUUUAAAGCAUGAGGGUUUCCUUUAAUUUGUGUGUUUUUCGAUUGCUAGGUAAUUUUUUUUAUCGCUUUUGAGGAUUUUUCUAUACAAGGCUUGCCCUCCAGAUUUAAGUAAAGAGAGUAGUUGCAUCUCCAUUUUUCUCCCUCUUUCUUCUUUCUUUGCGUCUUUACUUUAUAUUCUUCUUAUGUUUCUUUUUAUAUUAUUUAUUUGACAAACUAUAUUUUUGCCCCAAAGUCCUGGUUUUUUCAAUAGCUUUUGGAACUCUGAGAUGAAGUUUCCGUGAGCAAUCGUUCCUUUUCAAACGGGUUUUUGGUACAUUUCAACUAACUAGCAGCAUGCAGAAAUUUUGGUCCCCAACUUUUGCCUGGAGUCUUAGUUUGUUGGUUAGAGUGGGAAGGUGGUUUUAUUCUUUCAUUGUUUUGAGAGUUGUUUUGUUGGUAAUUUGGUAUGAGAUACUGCUAAUCCAUUUUGUUGUAGCGACCACAUCUCCCGUCAGCGGCGAAUCACUAACCCUGUCUGCAGAUGAGCUCGGACUUGGUUAUUUUUCAGGCUAAUUUAUGCAUUGAAGUUCAGUUGUGCUCAAUGUGAGCACAGUAGUAGUAGUAGCAACCUUUCCUUUCACUAUAUAGUAUGUACUCGCAGCACAAGAGAAGUUCUGAGGAUCGUGAGCAUUUACUUUUUACGACUUACAGAGGUAUUUCGUUAUCUAAUUUCUUCAAAGUGGUUGGUGUUACUAGGUUUGACGGAUCCUCAUGGAUGAAGCCACUAGAUAUCGAGUUCAAAUCGUCCUAGGUUUGAGCUUUGAUUUGGGAAAGAGGAGAAGAACCUGUGUUCUCUCUUGUUGCUGGUUUAGUGCUGUCACUGAAUAGUCCAAUUGUGAUUGUGUAUGCAGACAUUUUACAAUUGCAGCAAUUUUAACCAGUUUCCAACA